GAGCCUCCCAAGCCCGUCAACCCCAACGCCAUGAAUGUGGUGUUUGUGGGGGCGGAGUGCGCGCCCUGGUCCAAGACAGGCGGCCUGGGCGACGUGAUGCAGGCCUUGCCCAAGGCGAUGGCGGCGCGUGGCCACCGCGUGAUGUGCAUCGCGCCGCGCUACAAAAACUACGACGAUGCGUGGGAGACGGGUGUGCGGCACCGCAUGAAGGUGUAUGACAGCGACCAGGAGGUGGGCUACUUCCACGCCUACCAGGAUGGGGUGGACUAUGUGUUUGUGGACCAUCCCUCCUUCCACGCCUGGGCAGCCGAGAUCUACGGCGGCAGCCGAGAGGACAUCUUGUUCCGCUGCGCUCUGCUGAGCAAGGCGGCGCUGGAGGCGCCCUGGGUGGUGCCCUGCGGCGGCGCCGUGUAUGGCGAGGACAACCUGGUGUUUGUGGCCAACGACUGGCACACCAGCCUGCUGCCCUUCUACCUCCAGGCCCACUACCGGGACCACGGCAAGUACCACUUUGCCCGCUCCGUGCUGGUACUGCACAACGUGGCGCACCAGGGUCGCGGCCCCAUGGACGACCUGAGCCACCUGGAGGUGCCGGAGCAGUACAAGGAGCUGUUCAGGCUGGACGACCCUGUGGGCGGGGAGCACAUGAACAUUAUGAAGGCUGGGGCCAUUACGGCACACAGGAUGGUGGCUGUGAGCCACGGGUACGCGUGGGAGUGCCAGACGCAGGAGGGCGGGUGGGGCCUGCACGGCAUCUUCCAGGAGCACGCCUGGAAGCUGCGGGGGGUGGUCAACGGCAUCGAUUACCAGGAGUGGAACCCCACGGUGGACCCUCACCUGCAGUCGGGCGAGUCCCUUCUUGCCCUGCCCUGCGUGCCUUGCUAUGGGUACUGCAACUAUGACGUGGCCAGCCUGGACAAGAAGCGGCAGUGCAAGGAGGCGCUGCAAAGGGAGCUGGGGCUGCCUGUGGACGCCAGCAUCCCCAUGAUGGGCUUCAUCGGGCGCCUGGACUACCAGAAAGGCGUGGACCUGAUCAGGGACAACUACGACUGGCUGAUGAGCGAGGGCGUACAGCUGGUGCUGCUGGGCAGCGGUCGCGAGGACCUGGAGGCCGCUCUGAGGGACAUGGAAGCCCGCAACCACGACAAGUGCCGCGGCUGGGUGGGGUUCAGCGUGAAGAUGGCGCACCGCAUCACCGCGGGCGUCGACCUGCUGCUGAUGCCCUCGCGCUUCGAGCCCUGCGGCCUCAACCAGCUGUAUGCCAUGGCUUACGGCACAGUGCCGGUUGUGCACUCUGUGGGCGGCCUGCGCGACACCGUCAAGCCCUUCAAUCCCUUUGAGAAGAGCGGCACGGGCUGGACCUUUGAGAUGGCCGACGCCGGUCGCUUCCGCAACGCCCUGGGCGACGCGCUCUACACCUUCCGCGAGCACAGGGACAGCUUCAGGGGCCUGCAGGAGCGGGGCAUGGAGCAGGACCUGAGCUGGGAGCACGCCGCAGAGCAGUACGAGGAUGUGCUGCUGCAGGCCAAGUUCCAGUGG